CGGCCCUGCCCCUGUGGGCUGCUCCGGGCUCAGUCCCUCCCGCCGCGAGCCGCCCGGGCGGCGGCUGCAGCUGCACCCGUCGCGGGACAGAUGCAAGUAGCCGGGGAGAGGGGUGCUGUUUUUGGUCCGUUGGAGAUGUCAGUCAGGGCCCAAGGAGGACAUUAGCAACGGCGAGCGAGUGCUGGGCGCGCGGAGCCGCCCUUGGCCGUGGGCCGCCGGGGCCUAACGCGGGCGGGAUGGCGCGCGCGCUUGCCGCACAGCCUUGGAGCCCAUUCUGGCUGCGGGCCGGGCUCCGAGCGGGCGCGGAAGCCUCAAUCCGUCUGUGUCAGCCGGGUCCCGGGCGGCCGCGCCAGGCCUCCAGGCUCUAGCUAGUGGGCGGGUGUCCAGAUCGGGCUGCGCAGCCCUCACUCUCCCCUCCCCCAUCCAGUUUGUGAGUACCUAGCAUCUAGGGCAAGUAGCCCCCUACCCUAAUAAUUAAUUUUUCUCACGUAUUUUUCUUUUAGCCCAAUGGUUUUUCUUUUUGAAUUCUGGCCCUCAUCUUAUUAUCAUCGUCUCCCUUGCACUCAUUUGGAGGAAUCAAGCCGUUAUCAGUUGCUUAGAGCCGCCAUGGAUACUGCUAGCCAUAGCCUUGUGCUUCUGCAGCAGCUGAACAUGCAGCGAGAAUUCGGCUUUCUGUGUGACUGCACAGUUGCUAUUGGGGAUGUUUACUUCAAAGCCCACAGAGCAGUGCUUGCUGCCUUUUCUAACUAUUUCAAGAUGAUUUUUAUUCACCAAACAAGUGAAUGCAUAAAAAUACAACCAGCUGACAUCCAGCCCGAUAUAUUCAGCUACUUGUUGCAUAUUAUGUACACAGGAAAAGGGCCAAAACAGAUUGUGGAUCAUAGUCGUUUGGAGGAAGGGAUCCGAUUUCUUCACGCUGACUACCUUUCUCACAUUGCAACUGAAAUGAAUCAAGUGUUCUCACCAGAGACUGUGCAGACAUCUAAUUUGUAUGGUAUUCAGAUUUCAACAACCCAGAAAACAGCUGUCAAACAAGGGCUGGAGAUCAAAGAAACUCCUCCCAGUAGCAGUGGAAACAGAGCUGCUGUCCCAGGUGACCACCCCCAGCUGCAGCUCUCUCUGGCAAUUGGGCUAGAUGAUGGCAGCGGUGCGGAGCAGCAGAGGGCCCAUCCUGCCGAGCAGGCCGUGGAGGAGCACCAGAAGCCCCCAGUGUCCAUCAAGCAGGAGAGAUGUGAUCCAGAGUCUGUGAUCUCCCAAAGCCACUCCUCGUCCUCAUCAGAGGUGACUGGCCCCUCUUUUACAGAAAACAGUAUCAAAGUCCACUUAUGCCAUUACUGUGGGGAGCGCUUUGAAUCCCGAAGUAACCUGAGACAGCACCUCCAUACCCACGUGUCCGGAUCUCUCCCGUUCGGUGUCCCUGCUUCCAUUUUGGAAAGUAAUGACCUUGGUGAAGUGCAUCCACUUAGUGACAGCAGUGAGGCUCUUGAAUGCCGGAGGCUCAGCUCCUUCAUUGUCAAGGAGAAUGAGCAGCAGCAGCCAUCACCGGAGCACUCGAGCCGGGGCACCUCAGAGCCUUUGCAGAUCAGUCAAGUAUCUUUGAUCUCCAAAGACACAGAGCCAGUAGAAUUAAACUGUAAUUUUUCUUUUUCAAGGAAAAGAAAAAUCAGUUGUACCAUCUGUGGUCAUAAAUUUCUUCGAAAGAGCCAGUUACUGGAGCACAUGUAUACACACAGAGGCAGAUCCUACAGGUACAACCGCUGCCAAAGGUUUGGAAACUCACUGGCCCAGAGGUUUCAGCAGUAUUGUGACAGCUGGCCCGAUGUCCCCUUAAAAAGCUCUCGCUUGUCACAAGAACAUUUAGACUUGCCUUGUGCCUUAGAGUCAGAGCUCACACAAGCGGGGGUGGACACCAUCCUCGUUGAGUAGCAGUUUCUCGUGCAGAAUUUUUAUACUGAUCUUGGAGGAGAUUCACGUGCCAUUUCUAAUCGUAAAUUAGUUACCUCCUCA